AUGAAAUCUGUGGUGGAGGCGGCGUUCCUGUUGGCCCUAAUGGGAACCACCGUCAUUUGUACACACACGAAAGAGUUGAGACGAAGAAUGUGUUGGUGGGAGAUGACGUUAGUGAUGGUAGUGAUGUUGCUGGUGUAUAGAGCCUCCAGUAAUAGUUACAGCAAUGUUGGUGGCCAGGGAUUGAAACCAGGACUGUCUGUCAUAUAUGGCGGAGGAUCAAGCCAGUCAGGAGGUAUCAUUGAUCCAGGAGGCUUAAAUAAGGCUGUUAGCAUCAUUGUUGGAGGUGGAGCCGGUCAAGGGGCCGCCACGUAUGGUCACAGCAUCGCACAAGGAGGGAAUCUGGGCCACAACUUUGGCUUCUCCAAUGUUCAGGGCUUUAAUGAAAAUCUCAGAGGUCUCUUUGUGACUCCUGGCGUAGGAUUCAAUCGGAGGAACAGGAGGAGGAGUAGGAGCAGGAGUAGGAGGAGCAGGAGGAGGAGAUGCCUGUCAUCUCAAAGUGUCUGUAGUGACAGCUACCCGUCUAGUACCUACUACCGUCAUCAGUACCAGGACUCGAGCCAUCCCUACUACUGUUUCAGGGACAUUACAGAGACCAGAAUCUACCCAACCACUGUGGUACAGAGGGAAGUGGUCACUUCCGUGGUCCCUCCUAUCAUCCAGACACAGACGGAGCUACUGACGGAGACAAACUAUGUGACCAAGGCAAAGAUCAUAACAGACACAGAGUACCUAACACAGACUCAGGUACAACAGGUCACCGAAACGGCCUUCUCUACAAGGUACCAGGUCUCCACCACCACCAGGCUCCAGGUCAUUACUAGGACCCAACUGAAUAACCAGGUACAGACGGUGUUCCAGACUGUCUUUAAGACAGUUUUCCAGACCCGGACGGUGGUACAAACAGCGGUCCAGACACAGACGGUCCGAGACCAAGUGGUUCGGACCGUACAGGAGCCCAGAUACUUCACCCAGACUUUAACAACACACUUCCCAAUUACUGAGACCAGAACUGUCACCCAGAACCAGGGACAAUAUGUGACCGUUACCAGGACUAAUUACUCCUACGUUCUAAAGUUGAUAAAUUAA